ACAGGGUUCCGAGCAUGUGCUGGCAGUUGCUCUUUGGAGCACCCACUUCACUUCUCCCAUGUAGUUCCUGAGUGCAGGACUCUCCUGAAGAAGGGGCUUCUAAAAGACCAGCCCAUGCAUCUUGUUCAGACCAGGCUGCUCCAUCUCCGCUAAGCCCAGGGAUCCACUUCUGUGUCUUUCUGGGAUAAUUGUCUUUAGUGGCAGCCUGGGCCUCGGGGAAGGAAGGGCAUGAGGAAUGGCCCUGGCUGGGAUGUCAGGGGCCCAGGACAACUCCUGUCUCUACCAGGAAAUUGCCCCCUCUUUUCAGAGGCUGCCUUGUCCUAGGUAUCUGAUGUCCUGCCCUUGGCAGUUUUCAACUCCAGAUAACCUCGUCGCGACAUUUCUCAGAAGCCAUGACAUGUCCCUGCAGCUGGAGGCCUUUCAAGGGUGGCCCAGGAGGCCUCAAGGGCCCGGUGUGGCCUGCAAAGGAAGAGAACAGCUGUUCUCACGGAAGGAUCCAAAGGGUUCAAAGGCGAAGGGUGCCAUCUGCUUCCCCACUGAUUCAGAAGAUAAACAGGAGAAGUGUCCUGUUUCACCCAUAUUGCUGGUCCUGAUUUUUCAAUAGUGUCCCUACCCUGAAGCUCUUCCAUUGGUCAUCAUGGAGUUAGCUAACAGCCCAGGGAACUGGUCUCUUUUCCUUUUUCCCUUACCACCUGGAACUCAACUGGAAAGGGCAAUCAGCUGGCUCUAUAUCAGACGCCACCACCUGGUCUUUGAAGUUUCUGUCCUACCAGUGCCGCAGCUCCCUCUCCCACUUCUGAACUACCUCCAAGAGAGACCAUCCUCAGCAGCCUAGUAUGUUAUGCUAGUCCUGGAAUGCUGUAUUCUGGAUGUCUACUCAAGGCCAAACCCCAAUAUUGCCUUUUGUUUCCCUAUUCAAGGCCAAGGCUAGGCUCUCUUCAUUGUCUCCAUUUCUCUUUCUCCAGAGCUCCUAUAGGGCAAGACACUGUUUCUCAUAUAUUUCUGGAUCCUUGGAGCUUAGCUCGGAGCUUGGCAUACAUGCCCAGCAUGAACUUUUCUGAAUAAAAUAAUUUCAAAUGCUGUA